AUGGGACGACAAAUUCACUUCGUGGUUGACCCUCAGGGUUGGUGCUGCAUGGGUCUGAUUAUCUUUGUCUGGCUGUACAAUACAAUCUUCAUUCCAAAAGUCAUCCUUUUUCCUCACUAUGAAGAGGGACAUAUUUCAGUUGUGGCAAUUUUGUGUUAUUACUUCUGCUCAUUGUUUUGUAUAGCUUCAUUACUAAGAGCCUCAGUAGCUGAUCCAGGAAAGCUACCUGAAAACCCAAAGAUACCAAUUACAGAACGAGAAUAUUGGGAGUUGUGUAACAAAUGCAAUAUGAUGAGACCAAAGCGUUCGCACCAUUGCAGUCGUUGUGGACAUUGUGUGAGGAGGAUGGAUCACCACUGUCCGUGGAUUAAUAAUUGUGUUGGUGAAGACAAUCAUUGGCUGUUUUUGCAGCUGUGUUUCUACACUCAGAUCCUUAGUUUCUAUACACUGAUACUUGAUUUCUGCCAUUACUACUACUUUUUGCCUCUGAAAAAAGAAAACUGG